AGUGCCGGGGCUGUUCCCCUCGCUUGUCGGACAGACAGAAGGAUCCAGGGUCUGACCCGCCGACCGUGCGACUGCGGCCAGGAUGGGCCGGAAGGUGACCGUGGCCACUUGCGCGCUAAACCAGUGGGCCCUGGAUUUCGAAGGCAAUUUGCAAAGGAUUUUAAAGAGUAUUGAAAUUGCCAAAAACAAAGGAGCCAAGUACAGGCUCGGACCAGAACUGGAAAUAUGUGGCUAUGGAUGCUGGGAUCAUUAUCACGAGUCAGAUACCCUCCUGCAUUCCCUGCAAGUCCUGGCUGCACUUUUGGAAUCUCCAGUCACUCAGGACAUCAUCUGUGAUGUGGGAAUGCCCGUGAUGCACAGAAAUGUCCGCUACAACUGCAGGGUGAUCUUUCUCAACAGGAAGAUUCUGCUCAUCAGACCCAAGAUGGCCUUGGCCAACGAAGGCAACUACCACGAGCUGCGCUGGUUUACCCCGUGGUUGAAGGUCCGGCAAACAGAGGAAUAUUUUCUCCCACGGAUGAUUCAGGAGCUGACACAGCAGGAGACCGUCCCCUUUGGAGACGCGGUGCUGUCCACCCAGGACACCUGCCUGGGCAGUGAGAUCUGUGAGGAGCUCUGGACGCCCCACAGCCCACACGUCGACAUGGGCCUGGAUGGCGUGGAGAUCUUCACCAAUGCCUCGGGCAGCCACCACGUGCUGCGCAAAGCCCACGCCAGGGUGGAGCUGGUGACCUCGGCGACCACCAAGAACGGCGGGGUCUACCUGCUGGCCAACCAGAAGGGCUGCGACGGCGGCCGCCUCUACUACGACGGCUGCGCCCUGAUCGCCAUGAACGGGCUCGUCUUCGCGCAGGGAGCCCAGUUUUCCCUGGAUGACGUGGAGGUCCUCACUGCCACGUUGGACUUGGAGGACAUCAGGAGCUACAGGGCGGAGAUUUCUUCCCGGAACGUGGCGGCCAGCAGGGUGAGCCCUUAUCCCCGCGUGAAGGUGGACUUUGCCCUCUCGUGCCGGGACGACCUGCUGCUGCCGCUCUCCGAGCCCCUCGAGUGGAGAUACCACAGUCCCAGCGAGGAGAUAAGCCUGGGACCGGCUUGCUGGCUCUGGGACUUCUUAAGACGCAGUCGGCAGGCGGGGUAUUUCCUGCCUCUGAGUGGCGGGGUGGACAGCGCGGCCACGGCCUGCCUCGUGUUCUCCAUGUGCCGCCAGGUCUGUGAGGCGGUGAAGAACGGAAAUCAGGAAGUGCUGGCGGAUGUCCGGGCCAUCGUGAACCAGAUGAGCUACACCCCCCAGGACCCCCGAGACCUCUGUGGGCGGCUACUGACCACCUGCUACAUGGCCAGCGAGAACUCCUCCCAGGAGACGUGCCAGAGGGCCAGAGAGCUGGCCCAGCAGAUUGGGAGCCACCACAUCGGAAUCAACAUAGACCCAGCCGUGAAGGCCGUCGUGGGCAUCUUCAGCCUGGUGAUGGGCAAGCGCCCUCUGUUUGCUGUGCACGGAGGGAGCAGCAGGGAGAACCUGGCCUUGCAGAACGUGCAGGCUCGGAUAAGGAUGGUCCUCGCCUAUCUUUUCGCUCAGCUGAGCCUCUGGUCUCGGGGUGUCCCUGGGGGGCUUCUCGUGCUCGGAUCCGCCAACGUGGAUGAAAGCCUCCUCGGCUACCUGACCAAGUACGACUGCUCCAGCGCGGACGUCAAUCCCAUAGGCAGCAUCAGCAAGACGGACCUGCGGGCCUUCGUCCAGCACUGCACCGAGCACUGCCAGCUCCCUGCCCUGCGGAGCAUCCUGUCGGCCCCGGCCACUGCCGAGUUGGAGCCCUUGGCCAGCGGAUGGGUGUCCCAGACCGACGAGGAAGACAUGGGAAUGACAUAUGCAGAACUCUCCAUCUAUGGGAGGCUCAGGAAGUUAGCCAAGACUGGACCCUACAGCAUGUUCUGCAAACUCCUCAACAUGUGGAAAGACACCUGCACCCCAAGACAGGUGGCUGAAAAAGUGAAGCAAUUUUUCUGCAAGUAUUCAAUGAACAGACACAAAAUGACAACGCUCACGCCUGCGUAUCACGCUGAAAAUUACAGUCCCGAUGACAACAGAUUCGAUCUGCGACCGUUUUUGUACAACACAAGCUGGCCUUGGCAGUUUCGGUGCAUCGAAAACCAGGUUCUGCGGCUGGAGAGGACAGAGCAGCAGGAGCUGGACGGCGUGGACUGAAGGCACGUUCCGCGUGGAGGGCUCCUGUCCCACACGGACCCUGGAUGUCACCCCUGCCGCCGAUGGCCCGAGAAGCAAGUUAGGUGUAACAUUUCAAGCAAGUGGAAGCUCUGCAUUCCAGUUCCUGAUCGAGGCUAAAAUAAAAGACAAUGUGCUUUUCUCCUCUUCUCUUCAAGCGUGU